AUUACUCUCAUUGUUGGCAGUGGCAGCGCAGACAGACAGACAGUGUGACUGGGGCUCAACUGUGAUGAGUUUAAGCAUCAGAAUCAUCAGCUGUUGAUACAGCCGGUGUGUGAGAACGAGAGAGAGAGAGAGAACGAGAGAGAGGAGAAGAGAAAAGGAAGAGUCAGAGCGAGACGCUGAAAGGAUACGACUAUGCUGUGCUGUAUCAGAAGAACUAAGCCGACACAUUUGAAUAUUAAAUUAAAAGACCCUUGGUGGACAAAUGCCCCCCUGGACCCUGAUGGACAAGGUUGAGAAGAACGAAGAGGCCGAUCAGGAGAUCAAGCAGGAUGGAACCAAACCGGAGGAAAAUGCCCACAAGGCCGCCACCAAAAUCCAGGCCAGCUUCCGCGGACACAUCACCCGGAAAAAAAUGAAAGACGGAGAGAAAGAAGAGGACAACGACGCCGCUCCGGACGAGUCCGCCGAGACCACGGAGGAGAAGGAGGAGCGAGUCUCUCCAUCUGAGGAGAAACCGGCCGAGGUUUCCACAGAAACAGCAGAGGAGAGCAAAGAAGCCGAGCAGCCCAACUCGCCCGCUGCAGCUGAAGCCCCGCCCACCUCAGCAGCUGACCCCGCCCCCUCAGACACACCCACUAAAGAGGAAGUGCAGGAGCAGCUGCAGGAAGCGGAGAAGCCUAAAGAGGCCGAAAGCACGGCGACCGCAGACGAUGCAAACGCACAGAAGGAGGACGAGAAGCAGGAGGAAGCCAAACAAGCCGAUGUGCCUGCCGCCGCCGCCGCCGCCGAGGACCAGGAAACAGACCAAAUAGACAAAAAAGAGGCCCUCGAAGACUCUAAACCAGCAGAGGAGGCCGUUUCAGACGCCGGCAAAGAGGAGAACGUUUAACGGACGACCAGUGAAAUGUAAAAUCAUUAAUGAUUGACAGACUGCUCUUUACCCUGAUGAUGAAGACAGUCUGCUUUUAUGUUUGUCCUCUCUUUUCUGGUGUGGCAAUGAUUUUCUGACAUUUGGAGGGAGUUUUCCGAAGCAGCCGCUGAUGUCAGCGAAGGACACAAACCUUGAGCUCUUCUCCUCCAGUGAUCCAGCGCUGCUCUGCUGUCCAUCCGUCUGCCGUUUCGGGCUCAUCGCAUGAGAAUCCUUCCUCCAGAGACCAGAACCUUCUCACACGCACCCAACUAAUACAUGUGGCUUCUUUUAAUGUCCGUGGUGUUGUUAUGACAGUUUAAUUGGAGAUAUUGCUGCACUAAUGUUAAAAAUUGAGAAAAUCUUACAAAAAGAAAAAGCGCCAGCCUUUCUGUUCAAGUGAGUUUGAAUCUAAGGAGUAAAAUCGUGGAAAAUGGUUUCAUGUCUGUUUUCAAAAUAAAGAAAUGUGCCAAUUACGUUGA